UGUCUUUUCGUAAAUCGUGAAAGUGGAUUUUCUGUGUUGUCGGAAAAAGUGCUAUUAAUCGUUAUCCAUAUCCGUUUUGCGUUCGAAAACCUACGGAAACGGUCCCUCCCGGUGGGACCAGGUUGCACGACAUUGAUUUAAAUGUUACCCAAAACGGCCAAGAUGCCAGCAAUCCGAGACAGUCAUGUAGUGAAAAUUGCCGUGGAGUUUGAAACGGGGAUGCCGCAGCUAAUCGAGUUCGAUCAGCGGCAGCCACUGACCACCAUCAUCCAAAAUUUGUGCUCAUUUUGGGUGAUUCAGGAUCCGGAAUCUUUUGCGCUUCGAUUUACCGAUGGGAACAACAAUUACGUGACAGAGAAGAAUCGUUACGAUGUCAAAAACGGAUCGGUUCUACGGAUGGAGCAUUCUCCGGCCAAGACGGCUGGGGACAUUCUGGAGAAGCUCCAAGGUGGCAAAACUGACGAGAUGGUAAAGGUGCUCAAGGAUCUGACGGAGUUGAGCUCUGACAUAACAUUUGCGCUGGAGUUCAUCAAGGAACAGGGUUUGAGUUUGAUCAUCGGUAUCAUUGAAGAUAUGAGCUGGAAAGCUGAGGGAAAUAUAUUGAAGUUUGCCCUCUCAUCUUUUGUCGAGCUAAUGGACCACGGAACCGUUUCCUGGGAUAUUUUACAACCUUCGUUUAUUUCGCGGAAUAUUUCAUUUAUCAAUGCAAGCACCAACAAGGAAAUCAUUCAAUCAGCUUUGGCUAUUUUGGAAAAUAUUGUGCAAAGUAGCAGCAAAUUUUCCUUGGUAGAGAAAGAUGUUACCUUAGAGGGACUGCUAAAACUACUACAAGAUUCUCCAUCAACGACUAUUCAACAGAACACAAUUGCUCUUAUAAAUGCUUUGUUCAUAAAGGGAGACGAUGCAAAACGGAAGCUGAUCGCUUCUAUCAUCAGCAACAAACAGUACAGGAGCGUCAUUAACAGCGUUAUAACAAGUAAUAUUGGUGCUGAGAUAUCCCAUCAAUUGUAUGUUUUGCAAACACUUACCUUGGGACUGUUGGAACAACGCAUGAAAGCUCCAAUCGAUGUUCAGGACCAAGAAGCCCAGGAGAAGAUAAAAGAGUUGCGUAGAAUUGCAUUUGAAGCUGAUGGCGUUGAGCCUAUACCCGACGUAACGGCCCGUCGCCAACAUGGUGGAUCAUAUUCAUCACACUAUAAGAAAUUGGGAUUCAAAUGCGAUGUUAAUCCAGCUCAGGACUUCCUGGAAACACCACCUGGAAUUCUCGCACUCGAUUGUAUGGUAUAUUUUGCUCGGAACUAUACUCAAAAUUAUACUAAAGUAGUUCACGAAAACAGCUGCCGUGCUGAUGAACAUGAGUGCCCAUUCGGGCGUACCAGUAUCGAACUGGUGAAAGUAAUUUGCGAUAUACUACGCAUAGGAGAAUCUCCUUCGGAACACGGCCAAGAGUUCCAUCCUAUGUUUUUCACUCAUGAUCAUCCCUUUGAGGAAUUCUUCUGUAUUUGUAUCGUUGUGCUGAACAAGACAUGGAAAGACAUGCGUGCUACCACAGAAGAUUUCGUUAAAGUAUUCAGUGUGGUUCGAGAGCAAAUAACCCGGAGUAUCAGUGGACAUCCAGCUUCUUUGGAAGACUUCAAAGCCAAAAUUCAUACAUUUACCUACAACACAAUCACCACUUUACGCCAACAAGAAAGAACUUCUCGUGAAGAAUGUGAAUCUACAGCUUCGGCUAUUGUUUCUCUAAAGGAAAAAAUAACGCCUGAAAUUAUGUCCCUUAUCAAGGAGCAACGCUUAGGGUAUCUCGUAGUUGGCACAAGAUUCUCCAAAUACAAUGGUGGCAAGCGUGAACGAGACAAGUACUGGUACGCUCGUUUAUCACCAAACCACAAAGUAAUUCACUAUGGUGAUUGUGAUGAAAAAACUGUGCCAACCCUUGAAGAACUAAACAACAAACUGCCAGUCAUCGACAUUCGUCAGAUGCUCGUCGGCAAAGAGUGUCCUCACAUGAAGGAAAUGCGUGCCAAGAAAUCCACCUUCCCGCUAGGGUUUUCACUCGUCACCGAAUCCAGCGAUCAGCAAACGUUAGACUUUGUGGCCCCGGACGAGGCUACCUUCAACUAUUGGACCGAUGGCGUGAACGCUCUGCUUGCUCAACCCAUGGUCAGCAAACAGAAGGACGAAGACUUCGAGACGCUGCUGUCGAUGGAGAUCAAGUUGCGGCUGCUGGACACCGAGGGGGUAGACAUUUCCAAGGAACCACCACCGAUUCCACCGGAGCCGGAGAACUACGACUUUUGCUUCGACAGCUAGACUGUAAGUGCUUUCUAUUCUUUUUUGGCAAUAAUACAAUACUGUUCUUUCGGAUGUACAAUAGUGUACAAUCUAUCUGGAGUAAGGAAAUUCAUUAGUCCUGCGUUUUAUUCUUUUUCCUUGAUAAAUGAUUUCUCACCGCGGUAGGAAAAAAUAACACAUCGAUGAGCCUGUAUUCAGAUUAUUCUACGUUGACUUUAAAAAAAAUAUUUCUAACAAAGACCAAAUCAGUUGAUUAAUUUUGACCUUAUUUCAUCCCAUUUGAUUAGAAAAUCACACUUUCCAACCAAUUCGUUUUGAUAUGACAUUCUUGUAAGUACUUAAUAAGCAUUGCAAUUCCAAAACAAAAAUCUGAAUAAGUUCAUCGUUGUUUUGUUGGUUCUAGGAAACGUGACAUGAGAAAACCAAAAUUCAAUGUGAAAUUCUCGCAUUGGGUAUAACUAAUGAAGUUUUCAAAUCUAUCGAUACGUUUUUAAAGAUAUUGAGCAUACCAAAGUUUUUAUUCUCAAUUUAUUGCAAUUGAUGAAAGUGCAUUUAUGCAAUUCAGGAUUUUUCUUUCGGGGAAAGCUUAGUUGACAUUCUAUUUUAAAUCUUCCAAAAAGUUUUAUUCCAAGCGUAAGCUGCUAAAAAGACUAAAUUUUAUGUUAGAAAACUUACAACGAAAAAUUUUAUGUUGCUCCUCUAUUAUUCUGACUUUCUGACAAAACUGUCAUAUGAAUUCGUGAAAGGGUUCUACAGUAAAAGUGUAAGGUUUUUUUUUUGUAAGUGCAAUCUACGGUAAUCACGCACACGCAUAUAUUUACAAUUAAAUGGACAUUUUAUUCCUUCUUUAUGACAUCGUUCUUAGUAAUAUAUGAGUAUUCGCAUUCACUGUAGAAAUGCAGAGAUCGCUAUAUGAUUUUAUUGUAUUACAAUUAGGUGUAACACAUAUGUCUAUUUUAUUAGUAUAGUCAAACUUAACUUCACACAAAAUAUAUCACUCUUAGCUAUAAAAACGUAUUCUCAUUCAAAUGGAAUUAUUUCAAAUCAACCAUAAAAUUCUGAUCCAGUGUUGAGGGAAGAAUUCAUAAAUAUAUAAAAAUUGUGUCUAGAGAGCUACAUAUACGUAGGUUUAUCUUAUUUGCAUUAUCGUACAUACAAACAAACAUUGAACGUAUCUAACAGAUUAGUGAAAAGUUUAUGAAUCAUUUGAUUUUCUAUGCCAAAAUAACCUAAAAAUAAAGAUAAAUAUAUCAAAAUACAUAAUAAUAUUUCACUGCUUUGGAACAGAAAAGAACAUUAUGAAAAUUUUCUCGCAUUCUGAAAACUGUAAGAUGAUGGAAGGGUGCCUUAUAAGCUUCUGCUGCGCUGCCUUUGUAAUAUAUGUAUCUCGUCGGCUUAAAUAGAUGAUUUAUCUCCACCGGAAUAUACCAAGCGUUGUCAAGCGCCGACCCUAGGGCCUCGGGAAAGGCUGCUGGUGGCUCUCUUAGCUGCUCGUUAGUCGCUUCCGUUUCCCACUUUCGGCACCGUUCGGUAACUUUCAAAGAUUAUCGUCCAACAUGAAGUCCUGUUCGUCCUGGCGGUCCGGCAGACACACGAAGAACUCGAAGAGAUUCAGCACCGGACCGCGUGAGAAAGGGUUCUGGUAACGGCCGCGCUUGUCCCGCAGGUACGGGUAACGUUUGUAGUUGAACAUCUCGUUGGUGGUAAGGUUCAUGCAAGCGUGAAGAAUCUGGGAAUUGAAAUUGAAGAAUAUUUUACACUUUGAACAGCAUUUUUUAUGAACUAAAAAGUGUCAAAAAACUGCAAUUAGAAAAAAAAGACAUGAAAACAAAAAAAAAGAUAAAAAUGGCCAAAAAU